AUGGGCCUUCCGAGUUUCGCUCUGGCUCUGUCAAUCUUGAAUUUUGUCGGAAGCGUCUCUUCGUCCAUCGGCUCCGGGUUCAUAAUCUUGUGUUAUCUUAUCCUUCCAUUACGGCGACACUUCAGACACAUUCUCAUUCUAAAUCUCGCCAUAGCAGAUUUUUUGAACUCUACGAAUAAUGCGGCAUCGGGAUCCCUCAUCCUGAUCAAGCAGAGAUAUCUCAAACCUGGUCCAGGUUGUGUACUCAACGGCUUCAUGUCUCAAAUUAGUGUCCAGGGGACCGAUACUGCGAUCUUGGCUAUAACACUGGUCACCGUGUUCACUAUAACCAGGACUUCCUCCUCUCGCAUGAUCCAGACUGAGUGGUCGAGACGAGCGAUCCUGGUUACGUGUUGCGCCAUAUGGGCCUUGCCAUUCUUCACCAGUUUUCUGGCUUUGGGGAAAGGAUGGUAUGGGCCCGUUUCAGGCAACUGGUGCUGGCUCGUGGAGAAGCCUGUUCCUCUUCGAUAUGUACUAACGCACGGCUGGAGGUAUCUCUUCAUUGUUAUCGAGAUCGGUUUAUCCAUCUAUCUCCACUUCUACUUGCGACGCCACUUCCAAACUCUCAAAGUUCCUAUCGUAUCGUCAGCGAAGCCCCAGCCCUCUUUCUCCCCUAUGACAUUCAGGGGUGGCCCUGCACCGUCAGAGUCCAAACCGGACAUCGUUAUCCACAUCACUCAUGACACGCGCCGCGACUCAACAAAUCUCCGACCCACGAUUACUUCUGAAUCUUCCGACUCUAACGUCCCCCUAACUCCCAGACACGAAACCGCAACGUCUGAACAAGAGGUAGCACCUGCCCCCGUCCCCUUCUUCAAGCGCAGGGAGUCGUUCGUACCCCCUGACUUUCUUUCGCAACAAGAAAGCCCGCGAUAUAAGGCCAUCCAACGGAUCCUCCUUCUCAACGCAUAUCCACUGUUCUAUAUUAUCCUCUGGAUACCUGGGUUGGCUAACCGCAUGGUUGAAGCCUCGGGGAAUAAAUCCAAGGUUACGCAGAUUAUGCAGGCGUCGACCCAGUUCGUGGGCCUAGCGAAUGCGCUUACCUAUGGAUGGAAUGAGCGGAUCGCGCGCGAGCUCCGAGCAAAGUACAUGAGACACAGGUUGGGACCAGAACUGCCAAAGUACUAA